UCUCCAACCCCCCACGUUCUUUUCAGCCCCACUAUAUUACAAAUCCCACUCAACCCACAUACACACACAUGCUCCGGCACUAACUCUCUCACACCAGCGCCGUAGAUUUCCCUAUCUCUCCCCCCCUCGCCGGCCUGAGCCCGAAGAACCCAAUUCUCGUUAGUAUUGAAAAAUGUUCACAACUUGUGGUGGUGGUCACCAAACGACGUUUCAGUGCCCUCCUCCGCCAUUGCCGAUGGACAGAACGUGGAAACCCAACGUUGAAAUCGCUCCCAACUGCCCUCGCUGCGCCUCUUCCAACACAAAGUUCUGUUACUACAACAACUACAGCUUGUCGCAGCCUAGGUACUUCUGCAAAGGCUGUCGGAGGUACUGGACCAAAGGCGGGUCCCUCAGAAACGUACCUGUCGGUGGCGGUUGCCGGAAAACUCGCCGUUCAAAGUCUUCAAAGUUCCCACAUACGCAACGGGCUUCGCUAAAUUCUUCUCACAAUUCCAAUGAUCAGCAAUCAACCGAUUCUUGUUCCUCUAACGGCGACUCGGCGUCUCAACGAAGCGAAACCAAUGGGUCCGAUAUCGAUCUUGCGGUUGUUUUCUCCAGGUUCUUGAACGAGAAUCCAAGCAAUAUUGAGCCGGCGUUGACAGUCCCGGAAUUGCCUAAUAAUCCGGGUAGCAACCAAAACGGCGUAGUACUGUUCGAACACCAGAAGCCCAUUGGAAAGGCUGAUGAUCAUCAUGAUAUACUACUUGAAGGGAUUUCUGGGGAAGAAAAAGUUCAAGAACUCAUUGAAGACGAUGUGAAUGCAUUCGGGCUGGAGACAUUAUUGGAUGAUGAAGUGGUCCAAGACGUUUUGUGGUCCGACGCUGCAACUUUGCCGAAUUUAAUGUGGCAACCUAUGAUGCAACUGCAAGAGUUGGAGUCGUUUCAUCAGUCCAAUGAUCAGUUAAGAAAUUCUACGAAUCUAAUAAACGACAGUUGGUGUUCCUUCGAUCUGUCUGGUUUCGAGCUUUUUUCAAGGCCUUGAUGAAGUAUUCUACUACACAAGAAGCAUUUUUUUUUUUUUUUUUUCUAUCCUCUUCGUUAAGAAAUCUUACAUGUCCAUGGAAA